UCAUACCCAACACAAGUUUACUUCAACGCGCUCCUGCGAUUCUUCAGUCUGUCUAGUGUUUUCUAUCGUCAAUUUUAAUUACCAAUAAUUGUCGUAUAGUGAAGAAGACACGUGAGGAAACAGAGGUUUUUCGAAUUUGAAUCGUCGUUCCGGAACUUUUUUUUUAAUCGUUGAAGUGGUCCUCAGGAUUUCAGAAUGGAGGCCCAUGAACCCAAUUCUCCUUCUCGAUGCACGUGGACACGGAAUGGAGCUAAUUCACCGCAUAUUAGACGUGACGUCUUGAACGAUAGAAAGAAGGUUUUACCCGACAUUUUAGAAGUCAUCGGGCAGACACCAAUGGUGAGGCUAAACAAGGUGCCAAAGUUGCAUGGAGUAAAAUGCGAAGUUUUUGCAAAAUGUGAAUUCCUCAACCCUGGAGGUUCUGUGAAGGAUCGAAUUGGUUAUCGAAUGGUCCAGGAUGCCGAGGCACAAGGGAUCCUCAAGCCAGGCUCCACCAUCAUCGAGCCCACCAGUGGUAACACUGGAAUUGGUCUGGCCAUGGCUGCAGCGGUCAAGGGGUACAGAUGCAUAAUCGUGAUGCCCCAGAAAAUGUCCAACGAAAAACUUUAUACUCUUCAAGUCUUGGGUGCUGAGAUCGUUCGCACACCGACUGAAGCUGCUUGGAACAGCCCUGAAGGCCACAUCAAUGUUGCUGAAAAACUCAGGAAGGAAAUUCCCAACAGUGUAAUUUUAAAUCAGUACAUCAACCCCGGAAAUCCUCUGGCUCACUACGACCAAACGGCCACUGAGAUUUGGGAACAACUAGAAGGAAAAAUAGACUACAUAGUGGCUGGAGCUGGCACUGGUGGUACCAUAAGUGGAAUUGGUCGCAAAAUCAAAGAGUUAUCACCAAAAACUGAAAUAGUUGGAAUUGAUCCUUUUGGAUCUAUUCUCGCUCGACCAGAGAACUUGAACGACACGAAAAUAACGUAUUACGAUGUAGAAGGAAUUGGGUAUGACUUCAUUCCAACUGUCUUGGAUCACACAGUCAUCGAUCACUGGAUGAAGAGCAAUGAUCAUGAGGCAUUCAACAUGUCUCGUCAGCUGAUCAAGGAAGAGGGGCUUUUGUGCGGUGGAAGCAGUGGUGCUGCUUGUAUUUCCGCCCUCAAAUUCGCAAAAGAUCUGCCAGCUGAUAAACGUGUUGUUGUUGUUCUCCCUGAUGGCAUCCGAAAUUACAUGACCAAGUUGGUUUCCAAUCAUUGGAUGGAGGGGAGAGGAUUCAUGCCACCCCCAGAACCAGUUGAAGACAACAAAUGGUGGUGGACCCAGCCAGUAUCCUCCCUCCCCCUCUCAAAGCCCUCACCUUUGGAGGAAGGCACGACCUGCCAAGACGCCCUCCAGAUUUUUAAGACCCAGGGAACUGAUUACAUUCCAAUAACCAACGAUAAUGAACAGAUAAAAGGCUUUCUAACUUCGAAUACUCUAAUGACUGGAUUGAUCAGUGGCUCUGCAAAGAAAACCGACCCUGCCGACAAACUCAUCUGCUACUUCUUCACGAAACUUAAUGUGAACGCGACCCUUGGACGAGUUUCUCGUGUUCUCGAGAAAGAACCCUUCGUGCCGAUUAUUGACGUGAGCCAGAAUUCUAAGUUGAUUGCAAUCGUCACCCAGAAGAUGCUCUUAGAAUAUAUUUCGAAAAGCAAAGAACCUCAGACUAAUGGAACUAAUGGAACUAUUUAAAUUCCUGCUGAUAAUUUUAAUAGGAAAUUUCUGAAGGGAGAACCAUCCAAAUUUGCUUUUGUUUAAACACUAUUGUGAAAAUUUCGACUGGAAUUUCCUUGGGAAUUUAUAUCAAGUGGCAGUUUCACUGAAAUUUCAAAGGAAUUUCUGCAUUGAAAAUUCAUAAUUUGAUGAAAAAAUUGAUGGGAACUAUAUUUUUCAGUUGAAUCAUUCCAUUGGAAUUAAGAGGCAUCAGGAAAAUUCAAGUAAAUAUACUCUUGAAUUGUCAAUUAAUUUUAAAUUUAGCGGAUUUUGAGGCUGAAUAUUC